UCACACGCACUCACCCGCCGCGCGGCCAGGCCACCGGCCAGCCUCUCUGCCUCUCUCCCCCUCUUCUCUCUCCUUUCCUCCGGUUUCCGUUCAAACUUUCCGCUCGGACCCGGUCCGCCGGUGACCCCCCCCCGCCCGCCCCGCCGACAGCAGCCGGAGAAGCGGCCACCGGCCGGACAAACUCCCGGAUUACCGAGUUUUCAGAGCCGGACCUGCCGUGAUUCACCGCGGGCCUCAACUUUCCUCCACCUCCGUUCACCGUUUUCCUCCCUCCACCCACGGCCCCCCGUUACCGGACGGUGACGUCAGCUCGGGGGAAAAGUUGAGAGCGAGCCGCCGUUGAACCGGAGCGGAGCCGGUUAGAGUCCGUUAAAACUUUUCUUCCAAGGCGGAGACACAGCAGCGCCCCCCCCCCCCCCCCGGCUUCCCCGGUACCGACAGGCCCGCACCGGGACCAGGACCGGGACCGGGACCGGGACCGGGACCAGAGAGGACCCACACACCGAUCUGUCCGUUUAUUUGUUUGUUUAUGUCCCGGAUGGAGACUCUGUGAACGGGUCAGCGCGUGGCCUCCACGAGACUCGGUUUCCGUCGCUCCGGUAGAGGCCUGGUGGGCGGAGCUACAGGAUGGCGGGUGCAUCGGUGAAGGUGGCGGUCCGAGUCCGACCGUUCAACUCCAGAGAGACGGGACGCAACGCAAAGUGUGUCAUCCACAUGCAGGGAAACAGCACCUGCAUCACCAACCCCAAACAGACCAAAGAUGGAGCCAAGAACUUCACCUUCGACUACUCCUACUGGUCACACACCACGGCUGAUGACCCCGGCUUCGCGUCCCAGAGGCAGGUGUAUAAGGACAUUGGAGAGGAGAUGCUGCUGCACGCCUUCGAAGGAUACAAUGUUUGCAUUUUUGCGUACGGUCAGACGGGCGCAGGAAAGAGCUACACCAUGAUGGGCAAACAGGAGCCUGGACAGGAAGGGAUCAUCCCACAGCUGUGUGAGGAUUUAUUUUCAAGAACAGGAGAAAACACGGAUCCAGACCUGACCUACUCCGUGGAGGUGUCCUACAUGGAGAUCUACUGCGAGCGGGUUCGGGACCUGUUGAACCCAAAGUCCCAGGGGACUCUGCGGGUCCGAGAGCAUCCCAUCCUGGGGCCCUACGUGGAGGAUCUGUCCAAACUGGCUGUGACCGGAUUCACCGACAUCCGGGACCUGAUGGACGCCGGCAACAAAGCUCGGACGGUUGCAGCUACAAACAUGAACGAGACGUCGUCCAGGUCACACGCCGUCUUCACCAUCGUCUUCACCCAAAAACGACGCGACCAGAUGACCAGCCUGGACACUGAGAAGGUCAGUAAGAUCAGCCUGGUGGACCUGGCGGGAAGCGAGCGAGCAGACUCUUCAGGGGCCAAAGGCACUCGACUCAAGGAAGGAGCGAACAUCAACAAAUCCCUCACUACCUUAGGGAAAGUGAUCUCGGCCUUGGCUGAAAUGCAGAGCAGCAAGAAGAGGAGAAGUGAUUUUAUCCCGUACAGAGACUCUGUUCUCACCUGGCUGCUGAAGGAGAACCUCGGGGGGAACUCUCGCACGGCCAUGAUUGCUGCUCUAAGUCCUGCUGACAUCAAUUAUGAAGAAACACUGAGCACCCUGAGGUACGCUGACCGCGCCAAACAGAUUCGCUGCAACGCUGUGAUCAAUGAAGAUCCCAACGCCAAACUCAUCAGAGAGCUGAAGUCUGAAGUAGAACGGCUGAGAAACCUGCUCUUCUCCCAGGGCCUGCAGGAGCUGCUGGACAACGCUGUGAACAACAACAACAACGUCCUCAGUGGUGUUACAGGGGUCUCCUCCUCCCCCUCCCCCUCCUCCUCCUCCUCCUCCUCCUCCUCUUCCUCCCCCCUGCAGCUGGCUCUCACAGCCAAUGGGAUUGCACCUAAAGAUGGCUCCGCCCCUCCAGACGUUGAGCCCGUCCCUGCCGGAGACACGCCUGCUGAACCCGACCACCUGAUGGAGGACGGCGAGGACGGAGAGGAGGCGGUCGCCACGGAGACCAUCAGUAAAGAGGAGGCGGCUGAGAGACUCCUGGAAACGGAGAAGAUCAUCGCUGAGCUCAACGAGACGUGGGAGGAGAAACUCAGGAAGACAGAGUCCAUCCGUCUGGAGAGGGAGUCCCUCCUGGCUGAGAUGGGUGUGUCCAUUAAGGAGGACGGAGGAACUCUGGGCGUCUUCUCUCCUAAAGGAACUCCUCACCUGGUGAACCUGAAUGAAGACCCUCUGAUGUCAGAGUGUCUCCUCUACUACAUCAAGGAGGGACUCACCAGUGGUGAUGUCCUGUGCUUGGUGGUGACUCUGGAGCCGUUGGUCGGAGCAGAGACGUACGUGAACGGGAAGCAGAUCACUGAGGCCGUGGUCCUGAAACAAGGUAACCGCAUCGUGAUGGGGAAGAACCACGUGUUCCGGUUCAACCACCCAGAGCAGGCGAGGCUGGAGAGGGAGCGCAGCGUCACGGCCGAGCAGCAGGGGGAGCCGGAGGACUGGAACUACGCUCAGAAGGAGCUGCUGGAGAAACAAGGCAUCGACAUCAAGCUGGAGAUGGAGAAGAGGCUGCAGGACAUGGAGACUCAGUACCGUAAAGAGAAGGAGGAGGCUGAUCUGCUGCUGGAGCAGCACAGACUGUACGCGGACAGCGACAGCGGAGACGACUCGGACAAACGGUCCUGUGAGGAGAGCUGGAGGCUGAUCUCCUCCCUCAGAGAGAAGCUACCGGCCAACAAGGUGCAGUCGAUUGUGAAGCGCUGUGGCCUCCCCAGCAGUGGGAAGAGGAGGGAGCCCCUCAGAGUCUACCAGAUCCCUCAGAGGAGGAGGAUCAGCAAGGACCCCAAACGGGUCACCAUCGAGGACCUCCGCAUGCAGGCGGUGAAGGAGAUCUGCUACGAGGUGGCCCUGGGAGACUUCCGUCACUCCCGCCAGGAGAUCGAGGCGCUGUCCAUCGUCAAGAUGAAGGAACUCUGCCGCAUGUACGCCAAGAAGGACGCCAAUGAGAAGGAGAGCUGGAGGGCCGUGGCCCAGGACGUCUGCGACACCGUGGGCAUUGGAGAGGAGAGGACCCCCCCCACAGAGGAAGGGGGUGGUGGUGGUGGGGGAGGAGGAGGAGGAGAGACGGGGGAGGGAGGAGGAGGAGGAGGAGGAGGAGGAGGAGAGAAAGGAAAGGUGUACGACCUGAAGGCUCACAUCGAUAAACUGACUGAUAUUUUGGAGGAGGUGAAGCUGCAGAACAACAUGAAGGACGAGGAGAUCAAAGCUCUGAGGGACAGGAUGAUCAAGAUGGAGAGCAUCAUACCCGUUCAGGACGAUGACGUGAACGGCGAAGAAGGCGGCUCGCCCCAGAGGGAAGGGGGCGGGGGCGGAGACAGCCCGGCCGUCCCCGAGGUCAGGGUGCAGCGGCUGAUGGACGAGGACCCGGCCUUCAGGAGAGGGCGCCUCCGCUGGCUGAAGCAGGAACAGCAGCGCAUCCUCAACCUGCAGCAGCAGAACAUCACCAAGAAACUACGAGGACAGACCCAGAACCAAGGUCAGAACGCCCCCACUGUCCCGGUCCAUCUCCCCGGGACCGGCCGCUUCAUCCCUCCCCAGGAGUGCAAGCUCAAGUUCCCCUUCAAGAGCAACCCGGCCCACCGGUUGUCAUGGGGACCGGCUAGCGCCGCCCUGCAGGCUUUGGGUCUGGGGGAGGGCGUAGGAGACGGGGGAGAGCAGAGGGAGGAUGGAGGAGGAGGACUGGAGGGUAAAGGUUCUCCCUCACCCCCUCCCCCAAGAGAGCAGGGUCAGCCUCCUGCUCUCUUGCCCCUCCCCUUCCCGGUGCCACCCCCUCGCAUGCGCACCCCGAGCCCUCAUCGCGCCUGGCAACAGCGUAACUACGGCAACCAGGGUAACCAGGGCAACCAGGGCGGCUUCCACUACCACCACCAGGGCAACAACCAAAACCAGCAGCGCCGCUACCGACGCAACUCUCUGGACAGCUCCACGCAGGGCAACUUCAACGGCGACCAGCAUCAAGGCGGAGGCAACGGCGGGCAUCAGGGGCGGCCCAGGCAGAGGAGGGGGGUGUCACCUGGGCCGGGUGGGGAGAGAGGAGGGAGGGGAGGAGGAGGUGGAGAUGGAGGAGGAGGAGGGAGGGACAGAGACAGAGACAGAGACAGAGAUGGCGGCUUCCACUACAACCAGCGCCAGCACCAUCAGUACCACCACCAUCCCUACUACAACCCCCACAAUGCACCAUUCCAGCCAGGACCCCACCCCAACUACCACAGCCUGCCUCGCUCCGGGGCCCCGCCCCUUCCUCCUGACAUGCUGCUGGGGGUCGGGCCACCGCAGGGGGGGUGGGGCUUCACCACCCCGCCCAGGAUGAGGCGCCAGUUCAGUGCACCGGACCUGAAAAACAACAACAAGGAGACGCCCAUCUGACCUCUGAUUGGCCGCAGGACACCAGCUGAUCUGAUGCUGUGGACGACAGGCUGAGUGUGUGUGUGUGUGUGUGUGUGUGUAGGUUGUGUGUAGGUUGUGUGUAUGUUUGAGCACUAAAGUGGAGUCGUCGCACACCAUCCUAACAUCCACUCUGUCCUGCGUUCGCUUCAGCGCGGGUCAGCCGUUGCCAUAGCAACAUUGGUUCAGGAAAAAGUGUUUUUUUUUUUUUUUAAUGUUUCCGUCGACUCGUCAAACGGGAUCGGCCCGUUUUUUUGUUUUUUUUCUGUCGAGGCCUCGGCGCCUCGUUGUGGAGGAGAUGAUUUUUAAGGAUGAAGUACGUUGGUUAGUUUUUACUCGGAUUGACUUGGAUAGUUUAGCAUGUUGAUGCUAGAAGGAUAGGCUUAGUUUAGCACAGGUGGAAGUUUUAGCGUAGCCUAACCAAAGCAGCAUUCUGGCCUCGGGGGACGGAGAGUUUGUUGUCGUCUCUCCCGUGGGACGUGAACGCUGCGUCAUAGCGCUGCAAACCAAAGAAAAGUCGCUCUGUGGCGCCUCCUACAGACACGGAUAGUGAGGAGGGGGGUGGUUUUAAAUGUUGUUCCCGAGAGUCGAGUCUUUUUUUUUAAAGGGUUGUGUGUAUAUUUGAAGUGUACCUUGACUCAUGUUUUUAUGAAGAUGAAUUUAUUUGGGAACUGACGGUGAGUUCACUGUUUCUGGCAAUCGUGGGAAAUGUAGGAAGGAAGUGAUGUGUGGUAGAUGAACGAGAGAUGAAAGAGGGAUUAUGGUUUAUGUAGGGCCAGCAAGGACCUCUGGGAAAUGUAGUAGGAGACCGAAGGUGGAUGAGAGAGGACGGGAGACUGAGACACUUUCAAUAAGCUUUGAAUUCGUCUGUGAAGGUUCUCAGUCGUCCAGGUCACGGUUUAACCAAAAAGUGUUUAAAAAAAAAGACAACUGGACUUGUAGAGUUUUGAGGCAUGAACGCAACCCAGGAGAGCCAGCUCCUCCUGGACCAGUUUCUAUUUAAACCUCGAGACCUGAAGAAGCUGCUCAGAUAAAACCGUCUCCUCUAAAAACUCAACAAGUCCAGUUUCUCCCUUUCUCUCUUUUUUUUCUUAACCUUUUUGGAUUCCUUGGUUUGAAGAAACAGACACUACAACAUGUGUGUGAUGUUGAAUUCCUGCUGUAAGGAUCUGACACUGCUUAGUACUUUAUGUUCACGCAGAGAAGACGCUGCCUUCAGGACCCGCCAGGGAGCCGGGAAUCACAGCCUCCACCCGGUUUCACAGUUUCAUGUAUUUUCUCUGAAAGUUUUGUCGCGUUCAGGAAAAAGAAAAGAAAUGAAACAUCGCGGGAGGUGAAGAGCGCGGCGUCUUUGUGCUACCUGCGACUUUUAAAGACUGUUUUAUAUUGAGGAUAAAAUGAAAAACGAACCGGAGCGCUCGUCCCGGCCGGGGACGGAGUCGCCGUGACGACGAUGACAAAUAAAAACAUGAGGGGAUUGUGAUUGGCCCAGGGAGCGUGACAUCAGCUGUGUUCUGCUCUGCUGCCUCUGGCGUCGACCAAUCACGGGACAAUCCAGUGACCUGCUGCCACCGAGUUCCCCCUUUUUACGGUUUUUAAUCUUGUUUUGUUCUUUAUUUGCAGCUUGGGCCUCUGAUUGGCUGUUCUUCUUCGUGUAUCCAUGUCCUGAGUAUUUUAACCCUCCCACAUGUUGGACCUCGGCUUAACGAGGUCACUAUUAUUAACACAGUUAUCAUAAAGGUUUUUGUUUUGAAAAGUCUCAUUGAGACUUGGAUCUUUGGGAUGCUGCUACGGGGGAACUCCUUCGCCCUCAUGCAACCGCCGGAGAGUGUGUGUGUGUGUGCGUCUGUAUGUGUGUUCUGGGUUCAUUUAAAUUCAUAUUUUAAAGUUAAUUUUUCUUUAUAAAGUUCAUAUUAUUUCUUUUCUUUUAGUCAUUUUGUUGUUUUGGGGGUUUGAGGAGGAGGAGGGGGUCCUUGGCCCAGCCUCCUCCUCCUCCUCCUCCUCCUCUUAUUGGCCCAGAGCCCCUCAGCUGUUUCUCCGUCUGUGUUGGGUUGUUGUGUCUGUUGUUGUUUGUGUUGUAUCAGGAACCAAUCUCAGGCUCUACCUGCAGACAACAUGAUGGCAAUAAACUGUCAGUGAGAAUCAAA